GUCCGUGAUUGAAACAGAAGCUUGGCAACGAGCUCAUUGCAAUAUUUUAAGACCAAAAAACACUAGUCACAAUAAUUUUGUGCAGUUGCUAAACCUGAGAGACUUACAUUGAUUUUUUUCGUGUGUAAGUUAAAAGUGUGUUGAUAUAGCUGAUCUCGAAAAAUGGCGACGAGAAUCCCUAUCAACAAGGACAAUUAUAAUUUUGACGACAGACAGAAAAAAAUCUGGGAAGAUAUGGAACGAGAUAUGGAGAGACGAAGAAGAGAACCGUUAUCCUGGUCUAGUCGUGGGAGGGAAUGGGAGGAUGAAAUUGAUAAAAUGAGGAAAGAAUUUUUUCAUCUUCGCCCGGAAAGUUCAGACUUUGGACUAGAAGGUACAGGAUCACCUGUUCGACUGCCUGGCCAGAUUUCUAGUCGCGUCACUGACACUGACGACGGGAAGGCUGUUAUAGAAAAGGACGAUAAUGGGCAACCAGUGUUUAGGGUUAGGUUCAACAUGAAAGAGUACAAGCCAGAAGAGGUGAACGUCAAGAUGGACUCCACUAAAAUAAUGGUAUCAGCUAGGCAUGAAGAAAAGGGUAGCGGAUCUACAGUGAGUAGAGAAUAUAGCCGGGAAGUCCAAAUACCGAGAGAUGUCGACCCUCUGGCUCUACAGUGCACCUUAAACCCUGACGGUUACCUGGUUGUUCAUGCACCACUGCCUGCACCGAACUACAGCGCUAUCAAGGAUACAUCCCGAGAUUCCAAUGCUUCCCCAAACGUUAUGAAAUCUACAUCUAGUUAUCAAACCUCGUCAACAGUUUCAUCCAAACCUCAGUCUACAAUCAUCACCGAUGUCCCAGCAGGUUUUACCCAAGAACUGCCGCAGACCCGCGGUCACCUAUCCAGUCAGCUUAACACCCAACCUCGGAACAAACCACCCCCGACGUUCACCCCGCCCUCUAUGUUUAAACACGAAGAGCUACUCAGCCACCCCGAUCAUGUGACGCCGAGUUUUAAACCCCCUCCCGAUUUAAGCAAGCUGGAUAUGCUAGAGAACAACCAGCCCAGGCUUAUCAACCACCCGCUUCACUCUGUUCCCCCUUCUCACCUCUCCAACUCAACAUUCUCCAAACCUCCGUUCAACACCCUAAGUUCAACUUUUCCGUCGGGUUCUCUGUUCUCCGAGCCUUCCAGCCAAGCGCAGUUGAGUGCCCCGGUCGUGACCUCCCAUGAUGGGAAGUUCCAGUUGACAAUGCCUAUCGAUGAGUUUCGGCCAGAGGAACUGACAGUCAAGACGCAAGAUUGCAAGGUUAUCAUCUGUGCUAAAAGGGAGGUAAGCACUGGCAACAGAGCUCAGACCAUGGAAAUGACAAGGGAGCACAGCCUACCUGAUAAUGUGGAUCCCCUUACUGUCAAGGCUUUUUUCACGGACACUAACAAUCUUAUCGUUGAGGCCCCUUUUAUCAGAAGCUGAAAUAAGAAAUGUUUAAAAAAAUAUGAGUGAUUUAGUUUUUAAAAAAAAUCAUGUUUUAGAGAAUAAUCGACAAUUUUUAAUAAUAUAAAAAGUUGGUUGUCAUUUCAUUUUUUAAAAUCUUAUAAUAACUACCAUUAACUAAGUUUGAGAAAAAAUUUACAAGUUUAUAGUUUUUUAUUUUAUAAAAUGUAAUAGUUACACAAUUUUUGAAAUACACAUAAUUUUAAAAAAUGGAGCUUUACAUUACAGGUGCUAAGUACUAUGUGAUAUUUACUGUUACAUUUGUAAUUUUUUUUCCUAUGUAGGUAGUUGUGAUAGGAUUGAUGUAGUGAUAUUAUGUAUCGCUCGUUAAGACCAGCAAAAGUAAUUUGCAUAAAUAUUGCUAAUAUCUUGAUGUUAAAAUAACCAAGUACCUAAUGGUUUUUUUUUGCUUACAUAUGUGUCACAAGAAAGGCCUUUGUUUAAAUUCUCAGAGGCUAUGCCAGAUUUGUGUUGAGAUGUUUAAAAAUCUAUUUCUUUAUGCAUAUUUAAAUAUAUGGUUGUCAUAUUUAAAUAGUAGAGUAUGACUUACUAGUUCAAAUAUGUAACUAAUUAAUUAGGAUAUUUUUAGCCAAAUAAUAAAAUAGUAGAAACUGCAUUGGAAUAACAAUUUUGUACUGUCAUCAAACAAAUGUUUCAAAUAUAAUGAAAAAGAGAGCAGUAGAGAAUUUAAAAAAAAAAAUAACAAACAAAAUAAACUAAUCUUCUUCAAAUAUCUAAAUGUUUUUACUUAAAAACUACAUUGUUUUCCAUUUAACUAAUAGAAGGUUCACAAUAAUCGAUUAAUGUCAAGAGCCUUAUUUGGUUCUUAAACUCAUGUACAGGGUAUUAAAUAUUGUCGUGUAUGAAAUUUUCUUUAUACUUGCGAAAAAGUUUAAUUUCAUGAAACUUUUUUUUUAUAUGCUGUGCAGUGACUCUGUUUACUGGUUUUUAUUCAGUUUUGGUGGUUUUGUAAUUACUUUUUGGACAAUAUGCAAAUUUCCUUUGUCCAUACACAGGGUCAAAUAAUUAUGUUUUCCCCUCUUUUUUAAAUAAAUGUAGACUUUUUUCAACCAUACAACUGCUUAACCUGUAUUAUUUAUUUAUCUUUAUAUGCAUUUUAAAGCUCUGACUAUAGUAUUUUAUUAUUAUUUAUAUCAUGACAUGUUGUAUUUUCAGCAUGGAUUUUUUUAAAUUUCUGAACAUCUCUUUGAUCAUGUAGCGAAUGUCUUAUGAAUAUUUAACUCAGGGGUUCUUAUCUUUUUUGUUCAUGGACCCCCUUUGUCAGUCAGUUAUAAAAAAAAUAAAAAAUGUUCAUGAAUAAGAAAAAGAAGCUUGGCUAUUUUCAUUUAAAAAAUGAACAGGCCUCAUUUUUGGUGAAUUGUUUAUAAACAAUUAUAUUUUAUUAAAAAAUAUAUUUUAUGAAUGUUUAUAAAUAAAAUACAUUUAAUUUUAAAAAGUAAUUUGAUCUGUCACCAACUAGUUCUAUUAUACGUAAUAAAAUAAAAUUUAGUUGUUUUUUUUUUUAAAUGUUUACUGACUCACAGUUUAACAAUGAACAAGGGGUAUGAAUGUCUUGAGAACCCCUGAUUUAACUUACACUUGAGAAAAAUAAAAUCAUCUGCCCUAUAGCAUAAGAAAGUGAGUUGUGUGCCUGUUGUGUUGGUCUAUGUUAAGUUAGAUACAUGUGUAUUACAAUACCAGUGUAUAUUUAUUAUUUUAACCUUGUCACGUUAACUAUGUUUGCAUGAUGUCAUGUAAUGUAAAGCAGUCUCAUAACGAUUGGGUUAUUUUGAAUAAAACAGACAUUUAACUCAUUUAAGUUAUCAAUUAAAUCUUU